GGACAACGCAAUAUGGACGACGAGGACAUGGUCAUCAUCGCCGCAGUGGCCGCCGCCGCGGCCUAUGUCAUCGGCGAGAGCGACCACGAGGAAGAGAUGGAGCAGAUCAGGCAGGAGAAGGCCCACGUGGACUUGAAGCGCAAGCAAGCAGAGCGCGUCCACAGAGAAGCGCUGGCAACCCGCGACCACGCCGUCGCUCGGCUCACGUCCGGGACGCUGGACGCUGCAAUCCGAGCCAUCCAGGAACUUCAAGCUGAAAUCCAGACGCCGGAGGCAUACCAGCUUGAUUGCGACCGGGUUUUGAAGGAGCGCGACGACCUUUUGCAGCGCGCUGAGCAGCUGGAAGUAGCCCUUCGCGACAAGAAUCGCGAGAUCGACGACAUGACGAUCGAGUACGAGCAGCGCUUGGGCGUCGUGCGCUCCGUCGUUGGAAGCGCGCAACGGCGUAUGAACGACCCGAGUCCCGGCGCGCCUCGACAGGCCAAGCGACUACGGCCGGCGCCGGCCUCGACCAAUGCAGUGCCCAUCUCGCAAAUUGGCCGAACUUCAGUCGCUGUAAAUGAUUUUUGAUAUAUUUAUUCAACCUCGCAGUACGAUGCAGCUAUCACUGAGAUGAACGGCGGCAAUGCUCGUGGCUCACUGCAGGAGCCAUUGGCCCUGGACGUGGCGACGUGCGUGACCGUCUAUCGGCGCCUGGUGUGCCCUUGUCUCGAAUGUUGUCCCCGCCCACCAAGUCGAGCUAGAAUCACCUUGUCGCUUGACGAUUGCAAAAAUCUCAGCUCUCCAAAAUACCAAAUACGACUCCACGAGAAUCGGCACUGCCA